UGGUUCGGCAAUUGUUUCUUUCUUUUUUUCUUUCCUCUUCUAGCUUUUUUGCUCUAUUCCUACGGAGCUAAAGAGUAGUGGAACAUAACAUAACUCAACAUUGAGGAUAUGCGAAUAGUUAGCUGACUUGACUGCUGACUAAACUGGUGAUUUUUAUUUUAUUCUGUGGCUGCCACGAUUCGAGAUAGUAGUUGUAGAGUAUUAACUAAAGGGAAAAUUAUUGCGAAAAAACACGGAGCGAAAAAUAUAUAGAGAAAAAGUCAUACACGGAGUAAUAUGUUUUUUUUUCUCUCUCUCUCUCCAUUUUUCUUCUUUCUUUCGUUCGCAAUCGCCACAGUUUAGUUGCCUAACAGAGGAAGUAGUUGACUUUGCAGAGUAAAAACUUGUUUUGAAUUAAUAAAGUAAAAGUAGUCAACCAUUUUUCUGCCAUUUUCGAUUAUUUCCAACCAACGACGCCAACAUACGUUCCCCAUCGUUAAAUGUGUUUUGUUUUUGCUUUCAAAUUUCCUAUUUCUUUGUUGUUUCUACGCAAACCGAUCUCUUUAAUUUGUGAUUACUUACACAUAUUGAAUUCCCUCUUUUCGGAAACACAACUUCCAUACAACAUUACACUGCAUUGCUCAUUUGUUUCGUUUCAGACUGUAUAGCUAUAUCUAUGUCGUCAGUUGCUUGUGCUCAAAUCAUACGCACAGCCAUGGCGCUUUUUUAAUGAAAUUGUCGACAACAGCAAUUAAUCUAAUAGCGACAAACAUUUGUUCUCCGUCUAAGCAUCAGAAAAGCAACGAAGCAUUCUCUAUCUCUCAUCAUAUACUCAUUGCGUUCAAAUAAAAAUAUCCUCUUUUUAAGAGGUCAAACGUCAAUUUUGAGAAAAGGAAGUAAAUCUGCUAUUCAAAAUUGCGUCCAAAAUAGCUCCUCGAAAGACGCACGGCGUCGAGAAACGCUUGCCGAUGUUGUCGCCUGCUAAAGCAUUGAGGUACGGCAGUCUCUCCAGCUCAUCUCUGCUCCACGGAAGCGGCGACAACUCAAAUCAGACAUCGCCGAACAAUAGUUCGGGGAAGGCGUCGGCAACAUCGCCUUCCAGCUCCUCGAAGUCGCUCAAGAGGAGUCUGGGCAAUGGAUAUAUUCUAGAUCUGACGGAGAGUAUCCCUCACGUGGUCAAGGAUGGUCAUAAGUUGGUCAGGAACUGCUCAACGGGAAAAACAGUUUAUUGGGUUUGUCGGAAACGGAAAUACGGCUGUCCCAAAUACGUUCACACAGAUUCGGCUGGAACCUUCGUGAAGAAAGAGUUAGGCGAGCACAACCACGCUCCGAACCAGAAUCCGGAUCUAUCGGAUGCCAACAAGGACCAAAACACUCCUCUGUCUAAUGGAAAAGCAGAAAAGAAACCACCGAUUGAGAGUUACCAAGAUGCAAAAAGCAGUAGCAUAUGCAAUGGAUUCGCAGCAAACAAAUUCAAAAGACUCAGACCAAGUAACGUGGAAGCUAAGAAGGAAAAUGAGUCGAACAUUGAAAGCGCCAAUCUGGUAGUUUCAAACGUACUGGCCAAGACCUCGGAGUCUAUCAUCAGCGCAAUUGCACAAAGUUUGGGCAACCGAUUUGAAGAAAGUGGAAAUGAUUCUCAGGGUUCAGCGAAGAAACGGAAAAGCGGAAUCUAUGACAUGAGCACGCUUCUUGGAAUCGAUGGUGAUGAUGGACUUGAUGAUUUCGAUCUCGGGGAAGAUGACGAUGAUAAUUCAGACAUGGUGCUAGAUCUCUCCAACGCCAAAACAAAAGCUUAUCACAACUCUAAUCAUCACCUCAGAAAUUCACACACUUCGCUAUCAACCUAUCAAGGUCUAAAUGUUAGCGUGAACAGCUCAGUUCCAAAUGUGACGUAUCCGCACAAAAAUUUCAAACCUAUUCAUCACAAGUUUACGAAAGCAGUGAAAGCAAUUGUAUGUUCUGGCAGAAAGUUCAGACGUUUGGAUCCAGCGACCAGUGAAGGUCUUCUGUCUUGGAGAUGUCAGCAAAAGUUCUGCAGAUAUACACUCUACACAGAUGAACACGUGACUGAAGUCUUGAAAAGUGGAGGCAAGCACAACCACGAAUUGGACGAUUGUGAAAAGAGUCCGGUCUCCAACGACGAGAAUUUCUCCAGCAAUAAUGCUGCUGAUUUGUCAGACCUCGGAUCCGGUGCACCAAGUCAGGUUACAGUAGACUCGAUUAUAUCAAAUACAGCUGCCAUGAACCACAUUCCAACAAAUGUCGAAUUAGCUGCCCAGAUCUUGAAGUUCUCAAACACGCCAUCGCUGUCCGACAUAAUCCAGCAAAGUCUCUUGAAUUACACAGCACUGACCAAUCAGAUGGGGCUGCCGGAAGUGACCAAUUUGAAUCUAGAAAACAUUCCAGGAGUGCAGGACUUGUGCAAAGAGAUCCCGAGGGUCACCAAAGAGCAGCAACCGACUUCGCCCGCCGGUUCAAGUUCAACUUCGCGAGUCAUUCUAAAGCGGAAACUGGCCCCAAAGGUCGAACCUAGUCCAGAAUCACUCCAUUCAGUUCUGGACUUCUCUCAGCCGCAAAAAGAAACGGUGCAUCAGUCGUCCGCAGACUGUAACAUGCAACUCAGAGCAACAGAGCCUGCAGAAAUUGAGGAGCCAGAGUUGAAAAUAUCGUCCGAAUCAAGUGUGAGUCCAAAAAUUGAAGCGAUCGCAGACAAAGUUGCCCGAGGAGAGGUGAUUCCAAAUAAAGACGCAAUAACCGCAUCAAUGGCCAGCCAAGAUGACUCGGACAGCGAGCCAGAGGAGCCAAUGUGGAAUACAGUUCCGACACCACUUCCCGAAAUGCCGGAUAGCAUACGAGACGAGUUUGUGUUGAUCAAUGCGCCAGACGGGCGCAACCAUGUUCUGCAAGAGGGUCAUAUAUUCUCAAAGGAUAAAUGCUCCUCGAAAAGCGUAUACUGGCGCUGCAAGAAGAAGCUCUGCUUUGCUAUCAUGCAUACUGAUUUGGAGAUGACGACGAUCACUUUCCGUCGAGGGGAGCACAAUCACGAACCGGACCCGAAGAUAGAGCAGAGGGCGAGGAAAGGUCAUUUUGCCAAGAUGCCAAGGAAACCCAGGAGAAAGAAGCUGCUCGACGGGACUCUGCCGCCCAGAGUUCGAUCCAGCAGACCAUCGAGUAACGAAGUGAUCGAAGUUGACACCUUCGGAAAAGAUUCUUUCAUCCAGUCAUUGACCAAGACUCUAAACAACAAUAAUAACGAUGAGGAUAGCGGACGCAGUAUGCUAAUGGGCUCAUCUUUAGAAAGUACGAGUUUAGUGGACGAAAUCACGAUACCAAGUUCUACUGCUAUUGUGUCUCCAGUAGCGGCUGGGAACCACUCCGUCACAGAUGACAUCCUCGCGAUUUUAUCAGAAGCCACAUCGGAUAUCAAAGAUGCCUCAACGUCGGCAGCUGGAUCCAGUUUAUCUCCGGACCUAAGGGAACUCCUGGCUUCCAAUGAGUCGACGGCGGCGUUUCUAGAAGACGUUGCAGCAGAUCCGUCAUCGUUCCUCGCGUCGGUAAUGGCGUCUGGAAAUAGCCAGGAGUUAGGAUCCGACACAUCGGCGUAUUUGCGAGGGCUGAACAAAAAGAUGAUCAACAAUGUUCUAUCCAAAUUUCUGUGAAACGAAGUGAUGUUAGAACUCAGUGUAAAUGUAUAGUGUAUUCAUUAGAAGCAUGGUCAAAACAACUAUUUUUGUAGAUUUAUUAAUUAAAUAUGUGCAUAAAUCGCUCAUUCUUUUGCAGUCAAAUUGACGUGCUGUCGUUCCAAUUCCAACCAAUUGCGUUUGCCCUAUCAUCAGGGUUUUAAUAACCAAGUGUCACAAAUAAAUGCUAUGCUUUGCAGUGUGCAAUUUUGUUUGGCUCUUCUGCGGUUCCCCUUCUAUUCCCCUGUCCCAAAAAGUGAUUUUUUGUAUAGAUAACGUUUGUUCACGCAGUGCAAUUGUCGUGAUACUUGGCGUGUGAGAAAAAUACUCACUUACAAGCACAAGUUAUGCCAAUUCAAACUUAAAUAAUCAAUGGUUUUACCGUACAAUUGAUGGUUAUGCCUGGUUAAUUGGGUGGGGGGGGGGUAGAGGGGCCAUUUUAAUUAAUGUUUCGGCUCAUCUUGCGAGCCCCGUGCAAUAAUUUACCUCCAUUCCAAUUGACUUCCUCGGAUAUCAGAACCUUCCUUCUUCUCAAUUUAGUUUCCAAUUAAGCUCGCCACUUCAUCUGUUUUUUAACUCAUUAACAGAAGUGCAGUUGCGGUUUAUUUUAGCUUAGUAGCUGUUUUUAGUUUUCAAACUCAAUGUCAAAUAGCGUGGUUGUUUGAUGUAUUUGUAUAUAAUUGGUGUUGAGAUAGUUGCCUGGUCCGGUGGUUAUGAAAUGUAACUGCGAUCAUUUUUACUAUUUAUUGGUAGAUAGGCUUCAUUUUGUUUUCGUUCUUUGUGUUUUCGGUGCAAUAAAUUAUGAAUUAUAAUAGUUCCAAUAUCUCAAAGUAUAAAAAUAUAAUACCAACCUUCGAUUUUUGUUUUAUUUCAUAAAAUUUAAUUGUAUUGCUGUGA